CUGUCUCAUUUCGGACACGUCCCUCCUGCGCACCGCCUCGUUUCGUCUCUUUUCACUUCCCACACGCAUCCAUCCCUCCCUAAAGCCGAGAAGCGGCGCCGGUUGACCCGCUUAGAGGUCCUAGCUAACGCCGCUUCGCAUCUGGAAACACCUUGAAAAGGAUUUAAUGAGCAACAAAGUCGUCCAGUUUCCCAUUUAAAGCUGAGUUUUCAUGAACGUAUCCAAUAUUCCUGGACUUUAUUGCUGAAUUACGUCAGUCUUGAUAGUAGCUUGUUCGGACCUGGACCUCUACUGAUGGAACAGGCUCAUUCCUCCGUUCUCCUGCAGCCGCCAAACGCCACCUAACAUUUCCUGGAAGAACGUGCCCGCCGCCUGCUCCCAACAAACAUGGACUGUUUUCCCAUGCUUUAUUUUCUGUCGAGACAUCAUGAUUCCUGGUAAUCGAAUGCUGAUGGUCCUUUUCAUAUGCCAAGUCCUGCUGGGAGAGAGCAACCAUGCCAGUUUAAUACCUGAAGAAGGAAAAAAGAAAGUGCCUGGCCUGCAGGGUCGUUCGGACGCUCAGAGCCAUGAACUGCUGCGGGACUUUGAGGCCACCCUGCUGCACAUGUUCGGCCUCAAGAGGCGGCCCAGGCCCAGCCGCUCGACCGCCGUGCCACGUUACCUGUUGGACCUGUACCGGUCGCAGUCCGGGGAGGGAGAGGAGACCGGGGACGAUGGCCAAAUCGUCUUUGAGUACCCGGAAAGGUCGGCCAGCCGAGCCAACACUGUGAGGGGCUUCCACCAUGAAGAGCACAUGGAAAGGGUGCACGAUUUGGAUGAUGGUGAGGCUCAGCCCUUGCGUUUCCUGUUCAACCUCAGCAGCAUACCGGAAGAUGAGCUGCUCUCCUCUGCCGAACUGCGCCUCUACCGGCAUCAGAUGUCCGAAGCGGGCGACGACAACGACAACGCGGGCCUCCAACGGAUCAAUGUAUACGAGGUGCUGAAGGCCCCACGGCCCGGUCAGCUCAUCACGCAGCUCCUGGACACGCGGCUGGUGCGGCACAACGCAUCACGCUGGGAGAGCUUCGACGUCAGCCCCGCUGUGCUGCGAUGGACUCGUGAGCGCCGCCCCAAUCACGGGCUGGCCGUGGAGGUCCUACACCUGAACGGGACGCCGCACCGCCGGGGCGAGCACGUCCGCGUCAGCCGCUCGCUCCACCGGGAGCCCGGCGAGGACUGGGAGCAGAUACGGCCCCUCUUGGUGACGUUCGGCAACGACGGCAAAGGUCACCCUUUGACCAAGCGGACCAGGCGCAGCCCCAAGCAGCGCGGGCGGAAGCGCAACCGCAACUGCAGGCGCCACGCGCUCUACGUCGACUUUAGCGACGUAGGCUGGAAUGACUGGAUAGUGGCGCCCCCUGGCUACCAGGCCUACUACUGCCAUGGGGAAUGCCCCUUCCCUCUGGCAGACCACCUCAACUCCACCAACCAUGCCAUUGUCCAGACACUGGUGAACUCUGUGAACAACAACAUUCCCAAGGCCUGCUGUGUGCCCACGGAGCUGAGCGCCAUCUCAAUGCUAUACCUGGACGAACACGAGAAGGUGGUGCUGAAAAACUACCAGGAAAUGGUGGUGGAGGGCUGCGGAUGCCGCUGACUGGCGAGCUAACCCAGACUCAGACUAAACAACCCCCGUUAAGAUCUUUUCUAAAAAGUUUUUCGCUUGGACCCUUAUUUAUAACUUUUACAUGGAGGUGUACUUUUGUCUCAUACUUUUUUGUUCCUUUGAUAAUAUGAUCAUAUAUUUUGACAAAAAAUAUAUAUAUAUAUUUAUAUCGACAUAUAAAAAAUAAAUUGAGUCCUUAUUUUAAACAUGGGGAAAAAAUGCUGUACAACUUCAUCAUGUACAUUAGAUUGUAUACAGUAUGUUUUUUAUUGAUGAAAAAGUAAAGACGUAAAAAGAAUCUAAAGGAGUUCAUUUACUGUUAAUUUUUUUUUUUUUUUGCUUUCACCAGCUUUUUCCUACCCAAAGAAACAUUUUAUGAAUUAGAGAAGACCCAUUUGACAAUGAAAGGAGUGUAAUUUUCCAAUUGCAGCGGUACCUCGACAUACGAUCGCUUCGAGACACAAUCUUUUCGACAUCCGACGUAAAAUUUGACUCGCCAUUUGUCUCUGCAUCCGACAACAUGCUCGAAAUACGGUGAUUUUAGACAGCGCCGCAGUUUCGUUUUCCCGCAAGACGGACGCACGGCGAAUUUUCUUGUGAGAGAAAUCAACAUGGGUUCCAAGAAGGUUAGGUGGUGAAAAAAGGAAAAAGGUGAUGUUUACUACUGAAAUGAAGAUGGAAAUGAUAGAAAAAUAUGAGCGUGGUGUGCGCGUCCGGGAACUGUCUCGACAAUACGGCCGUAGAACGUCUCUGAUCUUGACGGUCCUCCUCCGCCUUCCGUUCGCCAGUCUUUAUAAGUUAAGGUGACAAUUAUUAUGGUGGUAACAUCGCCAAAGAAAUCCCCAUCGUCAGAUUUUUAAUCGUUAACUUCUGAACUUGUGCAACACAACAUGCCUACUGUCCGCCGCAGAUGACGCCAACAACAACAUUAAAAGAGAAAGUAAAAUCUCUACCGCAUCUAUCUCAGUCACAUCAGCCAUGCGGUGCGUUCAGGUACAGCACGCAAAACACAUCCACCACAUUAGAACCUGAUUCGUUACAUUAUUACUAGGGUUGUUCCGAUCAGGUUUUUUUGCUCCCGAUCCGAUCCCAAUCGUUUUAGUUUGAGUAUCUGCCGAUCCCGAUAUUUCCCGAUCCGAUUGCUUUUUUUGCACCCGAUUCAAUUCCAAUCAUUCCCGAUUAUUUUUCCCGAUCAUAUACAUUUUGGCGAUGCAUUAAGAAAAAAAUGAAUAAAACUCGGACGAAUAUAUUCAUUCAACAUACAGUACGUAAGUACUGUAUUUGUUUAUUAUGACAAUAAAUCCUCAAGAUGGCAUUGACAUUAUUAACAUUCUUUCUGUGAGAGGGAUCCACGGAUAGAAAGACUUGUGACUUUGUAUAUUGUGACUAAAUAUUGCCAUCUAGUGUAUUUGU